CUACGUAGAACAUGGAAGACGUGCCCCUGGCCAAGGCUUGGACGAUUGCCCGUGGUCUUGAAGUUGCGUCCGUGACUUCAUUCCCGGUAUUGUCUGUGGUUGAGAAUAUCGCAUCUGCUGCCUCCAGGUCUAUGACAUGCUCCCCUGGACUGCCGGGAUUUGAAGACUCUGAUGCAAGAGUCGUGGCCUCAAUUGCGUUCAGAGGUCGUUGUAGGGCAAUGUCACCAGAUUCUGCAUCUUGAUCGCGUGCCGCCGGCAUGAUGUAAAGGAGGGUUGUCACCGCUUGAAGAGGAGGAAGAGAGCAAGAGAACAUCGACUGCUUGGAGAGAGGGGGUGCGAAAUGGCAAAGAAAU